GUUGCAGUAGGCGUGUUCAACUACAGUCCAUUGUCCCAGUCUGACUUUGCAGACGAUUACUCGUCCAAUAUACUUGGCAAAAAUCAACUGGUUUGGAUAAAAUUGGUCAAGAUUUAUCCAUCCUGCUGAAACGCCAGGACAUCACAUUUAUCAAUCAAACCUAUUGCGAGAAAUUCGAGGCGAUUUAUUCCCGUGGUUGAUUGAGAAAUAAGUUUACUUUUGAAACUGGCCAUUGAAAAUGGAUACAAUUGACCUAUACGACUCGCAGACUCUUGGUAUUGCAGUGUUUGCUGGGUUUGUAGUGCUAUCUGCAGCUGUGUACCUGGUGUCAGCCUAUGGUAUUACAGAGAAAACCUAUGAAGAAGCUAUAGAAGAACAAAAACAGAAAGCACAGUUGGACCUUUAUACAACUAAAGUUGAACCAAAACCAAAGAAGGAGAAGAAGACUUAUCGUAAGGUUAAGAAGGAAAAGGAGAAACAAAGUGGAAGUGGUGGUGGUGAUCGUGGUGGUGGUGGUGGUGGUGGAAGAAUUGAAGAGACUUUGCAGCAACAAGCUGAAGUCUUUAAUCCAGUACAAUCUGAAGUGAUUGAAGAACCAAAACUAGAGAAGACUCCUAAAGCUGAGAAAAAACCGAAGUCAGAUGGCAAUAAGGAUAAAAAGAAGGAAAAGAAAGUAGAGCCCAAGCCAGAGAAAGAAAAAGAAGCUGAACCACCAGCCAAAGCAGCUCCUCCAGCCAAAGCUGCUCCUCCAGCCAAAGCUGCUCCUCCAGCCAAAGCUGCUCCUCGGGCUGCAACUAAGAGCACUCAGCCUGUGAAGCCGAUCCUGAAAGAAGAGCAGCAUGUCAAGGUGGAGAAGGUGGUUGUGCCAGAGCAGCACAAGCCAUUUUCAAAAUCUUCCUCACCAAAGGAAGCAGUUGCCCCAGUGGCACCAGCAGCAGAGGAUAAGCCUUCUGUCAUCUUGCCAAACAAGAAAGCAUCUAAAGCACAGAAGGAGAAGAAGGAGAAAUCAGAUGAAAAUACUGGAGGUCGUUUGGCAUCUUCUGUAAAGAAUGCAACACUGACCGAUUCUGAGAUCCAACAGUUGAUUGAUAUAUUGCUGAAUAAGCAAAGUGGAGGAGCUGGUCAUGCUGGAGAAUGGACACCAGCAUCUCAGAAAACAGACCCAGUUGCGGCUAUGAAGAAACAACUGCAAGAAAAGGAACAAGCUUUGCAAGAUGAAAUGCAGCGUGCCCAGGUUUCAGCAUCGAAAGUAAAGGAUCUUCGUCAUGAAAUCACAUUGGACAAGUCAAGAUUCACUCAACAAGAGACCAAGUACAGAGAAAAAAUCAGUUCCCAAUCCAGAGACAUUCAAGCAAUGCAAGCUCGUAUGCAACAGACUCACGAAAUGCACAUGUCUGAAACUCAAGCUAUGCAGAAUAAACUGAAGCAGAUGCAAAGUAUGUUAGAUGAGAGCCAGAUGGAAAACAUUAGAAAGCUGACAGAGGAAAACAAACGUUUAAGAUCUGAAGUUGCUCAGGCAUCCAAGCAAAGGGAAAGUGCUGUGGCAUCUGAAGUUGGUAAAUUACAACAGGAAAAUCAGCGCUUAAAAGAAAAUUUGAUGGGUAAUGAAACCCAGUUACGUAAAGGUGAUGACCUACAGAGAGAUUUAGAACAAAAGAUUGCUGGCUAUGAACAACAGAUAAAAAGAUUGGAGUCAAGCCAAAAAGACAGUGAGAGCAUGUUGUCUAAAAGGCUUAGUGAAGUCAGCGAGGAACUACGUAAAUCUGAAUCUAAAAAUUCCACAUUUUCAAAAGAGAUUGAGAAUUUAAAUGCGGCAUUAAAAUCUAUCAGUAUUGAGUCCAACAAUACACAAGAAAAAUUGCAAUUAUUACAAUCCAGUCAAAGUGAACAAGAAGACUUAAAGACAGAAUUAAAGAGUUUGAAAGAAGAAAAAGAAUCCUUAGUAUUGCAAUUAAAAACAAAAGUGGAAAGAGUGGCUGCAGAGGGAGAGGAAGCCCCAUCAGUGCCAGAAGGUGCUCCUAAUGGAGACAUAAAUGAAACAGAAUCUAGUAAAAAUUCAAUUGCACUGGAAGAACAUGAAAACAUUUUGGGAGAAAAAAUUAAAACAAUAGAGCAGCUGCAAGGUGAGCUGGUUAGUGCAAAAGAGGAGACCGGAAAAAUUAGUGAACUUCUUGAACUUCAAAAGAAGAAAAAUAAUGAUUUACGUGAAAAAAAUUGGAAAGCCAUGGAUGCUGUUGCAGCAGCAGAAAAGUCCACUAACCAAAGUGUAGCCAAAGCCGUUAAAAGCACUGAGGAGAAACUGACUGCCCGUAUCUGUGAAGAACAGUCGAUAGGAAAAGAUGCACUACAAAGGAUAUUCCCAGAUAUCAGUAUUGAUGCUUCCUUAUCUCAUUCAGAGUGGUUAACAACAUUUGAAAAAGAAGCACUUGGGCUUCUAAGUCAACAAGCUUCUAAGUCACAAAUUGAAGAUUUAUCAGCAAAACUUUCAGAAGCAGUAGAAGAGAAACAGAAAAUUUCUACACAGUUUCAGGAAUAUCAAGCAGCAAUGGCAAGCACUGAAACAAUACUGGUUGAAUUACAAGGCAGCGUUGAAUCAGAAGAAAAAAAAUGGCAGCAAGAAAUUCAAAAGCUUCAGAAAUCUGUUGAAGAGUUACAAGAACAGCUACAAACUAGAGAGUUUGAAUUAAAAAAAGUUUCUGCAGACAAACAAAAAGCUGUAGAUGACUUGUCUAGUGCUCAAGAGAAAAUUCAGAAUCUUGAGACAAAAGAGAGUGCAAGUGAUGAAGCUGAUGGAGAGAAAGAGAGCCUACAGCAACAGAUUGAAGCCGCUAAUAAGGACAUUGCUGAUCUGAGGGCGCAGUCUGAAGCAGGCACUGGAGAACUGACUGCUGCUAACCAAACCAUAGAGCAGCUGAAGGUUGAAUUAGAGGCAUUAAAGACUGCUGAUGGAGAGAAAAAUACUGAAACAGCACAGCUUAAAGAGGAAAUAAACAAAAAGUGUGAUGAAAUCGCAUCUGUGAAUCAAACUAAUGAACAAUUAAAAAACGAAUUGGAUAAGUCUAAAAAAGAUUUGUCACAGAAAGACAAUGAAAUAGGGCAGCUAAAAUCUGACUGUGAAACAAAAACAAAAGAUUUGGAUAAUUCUAAGAGUAAUGUGGAGCAGUUGAAGUUAGAGUUAGCAACCGAGCGAAAUGAGAGGAGCUCAGAACUUGAGCAGGUGAAAUUGGAUCUUGAGAAUAAAGUACAAGAACUGACAGCAGUAAAAUCAAAUCUGGAGGAGUUGAAGCAAAGCAUGGAAUCUUCUGAUGAAAUUGAGAAAAUCCGUGCAGAGAAGGACAAGUUAUCUGCUGAGUUAGAUGAGGUUAAGAAAGAUGGUGAAAAUCUUAGAGCAAAGCUAGAGGAAGAAAAAAAGAAAUCUGAGGACAGAGUUGAUGCCUCUGAAUAUGCACAGGUGAAAUCCGAAAAACAGACUGUUGUGGAGGAACUUGAAGCUGCGAAACAAACUGUGGAGGAAAUUAAAAAUGAGCUUGAAAAUUUGAAAAGAGAGUUUGAGCAUAGAGUUUCUGAAGUUGAAGUUGAGCAGCUCCGUGAGGAGAUGAAAGUGAAAACUGGUGAACUUGACACAGUUACCAGAAGUUUGGAGCAACUAAAAGGGGAAAUUGAAGAGUCAAACCAAAAGGAAGUUGAGGAACUUGAGAAUGCCAACAAGGAAAUUGUGCAGCUUCGACUGGACUUGGAGAAUACACGAAAGGAGUCGGAGAUGAAAGUGGACCCAUCUGAAAUGGAGAAAUUAAAAUCAGAGCUGCAAACUAAAUCUACUGAGAUUGAAAACUCCAACAAAACUAUUGUGGAUCUUCAGUCACAGCUUGAUUCGGCAAAGAAAGAAAAUGAAAAUAAAGUUGAUGCUACAGAAAUUGAAAAACUUAACUCCGAAAACCAGAAGAAGUCAGAAGAGUUAGAAUUAGCAGUGAAAGCAUUGGACAAUUUAAAAACAGAACUGGAGACUGUAAAACAGGAAAGUAACCAGAAAGUCGAUCCUUCUGAAUUAGAAGCAAUUAAAGCAGAGAAACAGAAAUCUUCAGAAGAGUUAGAGACGGCGCAAAAAGAUGUCGAACAGCUGAAGUCUGAGUUGGAAAAGAUUAAAAAUGAAUCAGCAUCCAAAGUAGACGCUGCCGAUUUCAAUACAACCAAGGCGGAACUUGAAAUUAGCAACAAGAAAAUUUCAGAACUAAGAGAAGAAAAACAGAAGAAUGUAGAGAGUCUUGAAAGUUUGAAUAAACAACUUGAAGAUCUCAAAAAAGAAGAGGAAAAAUCAAAGGAGCAGGAAAAAAAAAUUCAAAAACUUGAAGAGGAGCUCAAGACUAAAAAUGGUGAUCUUGUAAAAGAAAAGGGCCUAACAAAAGAACUGGGUACUGCUGCUGCUAAAUUACAGAAUAUGUUGAAAAAAACUCAAGCGUCUUUAGUAUCAGAAAGGGAGAAUAAUAAAAAACUACAGAAACAGCUUGACCCCAAAAAGGGAGUAGAGAGUGAACCCCCACAGAGCAAAAUAGAAAAGGAAUUAGCUGAGGCAGCGGAAGAGCAGGUGACAACAGAACAAAAAAAUGGUGAUCCUGGUACGUCAGUAUAAUGAAUGAAAGAAUGCCAGAUGAAGAUUAUCAGAGAACCUAUGUGUUGGGUAGAUUAGAGUUGAAGACUGGAUAAUCCUCUUAUUCAGAAAUCUAUAUACCAGUGUAGAGUAGAAAACAAUAAACAGGUGUUGAGCACCUCUAUGUCCAAAUUUUAUUUUAUCAGUUUAAAGAAUUAUUUCAAAUAUUUUAUUUGCAAUAUUAUACAAGGUACUUCCCAUGUUUGUUGCUAUUCUGCAAAAAAAAAAAAAAAAUGCCUUCUGAAAUACUUGUUAUGUUCUUAAAUUUUAUUUGUAGUUUAUGUAUAAUUUGUAGAUCUUUUCUAUAGAUGAUAGUGUGCUUGUGUUACUACUGAUUGCAAUAUAAGAACAGCUGAUUAAAUUUGUUGGUUCAUGCUGGGUUUUUGUUUCAUAAUUUCUGAAAUCAAAAACUUGUCAAUGCUGAAACUGUUUGAAGUUGUGUCAAUCUUUUAGAAAAUUGUUAUAUUGCAGGUAGUUUUAUAUGAACACCACAAUCACACUGUAUAAUUUAAAGUAGUAUGCCUUCCAGUGUUUUCUUUUUAUUAAGCUGACCAUGUUAUCCAUGAGCUUCGAAGACUUGCAAAUUGCAUUGACUGUACACAAGACAGAUAUUAUUUUUACAAAUUGCCCUUUUACUGCCGAAUACGAACCCACCUGAAUGUGUACAAAAUUUUGGACCAAAGCUAGCAGAUUUCAAAGAAAGCAUUUUAGUGCAAUGUAAGUGUGUGAUGUGUGAAGCAUUUCGAUGUUGCUGCUGAUAGUCUGCAUUCCGAUAAACCACAGCUGAUCACAUGCUCUAUAAAGAAUACUGUCAUGCUAGCAGUCUGUAAUCUUAGCGGCUUCCGUUGAAAUUGUAUCGAGUUAUAUAUCCACACACAAAAAAAUGAUUCUAUUUGAGAAGUAACACUCCUUUAACUUGGUAGAUUUGUAGUUGCCAAUCACUGAUCAGAGUAUACCCUCUUGUAACAUAUGCAAGAUUUACGAAGAUUUAUCCCUGGAUAUAUGGUAUCCACGGUAACAUUGUAAAGUGAAUUUAAACUGGAGUAUGCUAGUACUGCAAGUUGAAUUAAGAAUACUACCCCCAACCUGUCUUGGGGCCUGGCAGACUAUUUACAAAGGGAUUACUGAGUUUGUGUUACUGUUAUGUUAUUGAAUACAUGAAGAUUUAUCCCUGGAUAUAUGGUAUCCAUGGUAACAUUGUAAAGUGAAUUUAAACUGCAGUAUGCUCGUACUGCAAGUUGAAUUAAGAAUACUACCCCCCAACCUGUCUUGUGGCCUGGCAGACUAUUUACAAAGGGAUUACUGUUAUGUUAUUGAAUACAUGUUGUAUUCAAUUAGAAAAACUAAAGUGUUAUUAAAUAUCACGUUAAUAAAUAAUUGCUUCCAGAAGAAAUAAAAUAUUUGACUGAAUUAACUUUUAAGUAAAUGUUGACAAACAUUUCUUUGUGAUUUUUUUUGGCAGUGAAAGGGCCAAUUAUACUUUGAUUUUCUUUUAUCUUUUGAAAGUAACAAAGAUUUUAAUGUGUCCCUUGACAUACCAGUGAGGGGAGGGGAGGGGGGGGGGGAUUAUCGGCAUUAUGGAAGAUGUGGACAUGUUGCUUGUUCCAAGUAAGCUACAUCAUUGUCUUAGGUAAAAAAACGAUUCACAUAAAUGUAGAGACGUGCAAUUGUUACGUAAAUUUGUUGAAUGGUGCUGUGUUGACAUGUACGUUUCCACUGUGGUCAAUAUUCAAGAUGGAGAAUUUAUGACAAAAAUGUGUAAUAUAUUUGUGCUGAGUUUCUAUUCAUUUUUCCCUAAGUGGAGUGAAUUUUAUACCAGUGUCUGCAGGAAAUCUAAUAUACCAAUGUGCUAGAUUGAAAAACAAAAACAUUUUGAUAUAGAAGUCUGGCUGGAUGCUUUCUAUGAGUUGCAAUACUGAAUUUGAAUUAUUCAAAUACAUUGCACAAUCUGAUGAAUAUAAUCUGUUCUUGCCUUUGUAAUGAAUAUGUCUAGAUACUGCUCUCUGUAAUGUGCAUUGAUUUCAACAAACUUGCAAAUAAAUUUUCCCCAUGAUAUCCA